AUGUCUCCCGCCGAAUUUCCCGCCGCGAGGAAGUAUCGGUCGCGGAAGCAGAAGCCUUGUGACAAUUGUCGCCGUCGGCGCAUCUGCUGUGUUCGAGAUGCAGAAGGCGCUUGUGCGCUGUGCAGCAGACGCUCAAUCCCGUGUACGUUCAGCUCGGAGCCGUCUCCUCGGAAGCGUCGAGCGGGAUCGCCUCCUGCUGUGAAGCCGCGGGGGCCGGCUGCUCAAGACGAUGCUUCGGAGGAACCGCUCGGGACUUCAGCCAACUCUGGUGAUGCUGGCCCUCACUUGGUAGUUCCCACUGCCAAUGUGACGGGAGCACGAAGGAAUGGAGUCGACGGGAAAUACGUCGGGUUGAGUGGCACUGACGAUGUCUACUUUGUGGCCGAGCGGAAUCAACCCGUUGGCAAUGAUCCUGCCCACGAGGCUUACUUUCGAGAACGUGCAGGUUCAUCCACGUCGGUGGCGUCCGCCUCCUCGACCCAUCGUGCUCGUUCGAUAGAGCCGAGUGCUUCGGUGGUGCAGGCGAUCUUUCUCGAGAGGUCCCACCCUGCAAUUCCACUACUGGACGAAAGUCUCAUCAAAAGCCAGAAGCAGUCCAGACUGCUCACGAAUGCAAUCGCCAUCAUCUCAAAAUACACAUCGCCAGAGCUGGAAGGGCUCCACAAUAAUGUCCUGAUUGAAGAUAUGACGGCGUCUUUGCUCCUGGAAGCACGAACCCCGACGCUGGAGACGAUCGAGGCCGCCAUCCUUUUCACUCAGAGAGCGUUGCGAGGGAAAAUCAGGAGUACGAGUGCUCCUGGAAUGUAUGCGGCGAUCGGAUGUCUCGUGGCUAUGUGCCACGACCUGGGGUUAAACAUUGACUGCUCUACCUGGAAUAUACCAGAGUCGACAAAGCGACGGAGGAAACGUCUAUGGUGGGCGGCUUACAUGCAAGACAAAUGGUUUGCCAUGGCUCUGGGGAGGCCUUCGUUCAUCAACGCCUCCAACACCACCACACUCAAUCUGACAGAGUCUGACUUUGAGGAGGCUUCCUCGUCUUCCUCGGAAGCGGGCGCAAAGAGGCCAGAGUUGGUGACAGGAAUACAUUGUUUCGUGGCAAUGGCCGCAUUGACCGUCAUUCUCGACGAAAUCCUCUCCAUUUUUUUCACCAUCAGCUCCGUCGUUAGCCUUCGAGAAGUCAGCGGCGAACAUAUCGUCGAUAUCGCGGAAAGGAUUGAGUCCGGGUUGGACGUCUGGCGCUCCAAACACCUCGAUCAGAUCCUGAUACAGCGCUUCUUUCCCGAUGUGACUGGAAGUCUGGAGCUCGCGUACAUCACGGCCAGAAUAAUGCUUCUCCGCGGCAUCUUCCCAAAGCUCUACCGGAGGAACUUCCCUUUGGACCGCUUUGUGGAGCGGGCGAUCGAGUCCACCACGCAGGCCAUCACGCUGGUCGAAACUCUCCAGAUCCACAGGUUGAGCGCUUUUUGGUGGUCAUGCUCGGGCUUCAAUCUGGCUCUUGCAGGCACCUUCAUGGCCAGUCUCAAGCGGCUAUCGCCCAACCCGGACCGCGCCACAUACUGGGCCAGCCGCCUGAAGUACUACCGGACGCUUCUCGCUGCCCACGGGGUCAGCUUCUGGCCCGCCAAAUUCGCCGCCAUGGCCCUCAACGACAUGGCCAAGAGCCUGACCAAGGCAACCGAAGCCGGCGCCAGAGCAUCAUUCACACCAUCGUCAGCAACGGCAUCGGCAUCAGUGGCUGCGGCGGCAGCAGGUGCGGCUGGUACGGGCAUGACUCCAGCGGACACAACAACGCCGAGCCAUUUCGACGCGUUUACCAGCCCGCUGACAACAUCCAGUGGCGUGUCGUACGACUUUUUCCCGCACAGCCUGACCGACCUCAACGGGCCGGACUUCUAUCUCGAUUUGUGGGGUGGCGGCGAUGGGUUCCAGUGGGGUGACCCUGAUCCUGUCACCAGCCCCCUGAUGCAAUAG